UUAGCAACAUUGUAAGCAAAGGAAGCAUAUCCUUUGCUGGCCAAAGGAGAUUAUUUCAGAUAGCAAUUUCUUUAUGAGAUUGAUGAUUAUCAAGUAGCGGCGGCAACGACAAAAAUCAUGGAAGUGGAGACAAAAAAGCCCAAGGUGGGUUUUAUGACCACCAUGGACAGGGAAAUGUUUCCAACAAAGAUGCCGUAUAACAGGUUUGGUAAUGAAAUAGCUCCCCUUCGAGGGGCCCCUCACCGCGGGCCAGGCUGCUAUGAAAAUGAAGAUAAAACCAGUUUUAUGUACAACAUUGAAAACAAAAUCAACAGCAAAAAGGGUUAUACUCUUGGAGCAAGAACAGCCGCUAGAAUUCCAUCUGGUCACGUGUUUGAAACCCCUUGUCCCACUGAAUAUCAAACACAUUGCACAGAAGCAAAACAGUUUGUUGAUGACAAGAAGCCAUUCUUGGUUGGUGCAGAAAGAUUCCCUAUUUACAAACGUGAUAUAGUAGAUGUCCUUCCAGGUGCUGGAACAUAUGAACAUCAAAUCCCGAAGAAUCGCAAGGUACAGUGGCACCAGUCAUUUGGAGGGACUCCCAUCAUGCUGCCUGAUAUAACUAUCAGGAGUACUAUAGACCAGAACACAGAAAAGCUGUACAGUACUAAGGAAGAAAAGAAAUAUCACAGGAAACUGGCUUACCUCAAAUUAUACUGGGAAAAAGGACAAUGAGAUUGCAGAGAGUAAAAAAAAACAAAAGAAACUUCAAAUCAUGGAUAUGGAUUUAUCGCCAUCAUAGUACAAGUUGUAUGAACAGUGUGACGAAGAAAGUUGAUCAGGGAAGAAACUACAAGUACGUUGCCACAUGAUCACUUUCCUUCAUUGUUAUUGUGUAUAUACAGGCUCAUUUGCUCAGUCGUUUUGAGUCUUCAAGUUGUUUUCUGGACAUACAGGUCUGGUGGUGAUCUUUUGGAACAAACAUAGGACUACUUUUGAGUGACAAUUGCGAGGAUACAAAAUGAUCUGUUUGUAGAAUCCAUUUUCGUUCAGAUGAAGUUUUUCAGUUGGUUUACAGACUUCAAAUAGAUCUCCAGGUUUUUAUAAUUGACUAUAAAUCCAAAUUCCAAUGUGAUACAAAAGUAUAUAUUCUUGACGAAUCCCGUUUCAAGUGUCUGUGAUAUGUUAAGUCUUAAAAUAGGUGUUUGUAUUUACUGAUCAUGAAAACUUUUUAAAACAUUUCUAGAAUUACUUUCACUUAUUGUAUAAACAUUGUAACGAGUUAUAUUUAAUUGAAGGCGAUAUUUUUUUUUACAUUUGUGUAAUAUUAACAAAGUGCAUUACUGCACAAUUUAUCAAGACAUUCUUAUCAAUUCAGCAUGUGCUUGUAUAUAAUCGGGGGGUUUUAAUUUCAUUUCAAUAAAUUUGUUUGUAUUUUACCUGAGCACUGUUAACAUGUUUAAAGGUUUUGUUACUUUUUUGUGAAAAACAAUACAUGUUUUAUGUUAAUAUAAAAAUAUGACAAUGUAAAAUAAAACAUAUAUCACAAGUAUGUGUGUACACGUCUUUCUGGAAACUUUUGGCAUUUCACUGAUCUUAUUUUGGAGAAGUGGAAAACGGUUUCACUUUUAAAAUAUUUCCGUGUUCUUGGACUUGGAUGAUGGCCCGCUCCUUAUAGCCUUGAAAAGCAUAUCCUGCCAUAAUAUUUCUGUCCUAUGUUAUUACGAUAUUGGACUUCAAGCUCAUUUAAAUUACUGAACACAAGACAGGUUGAUCAUGUAAUAAUUGUUUAUUACCUUUUAAACAACUUUCACUUCUGCAAACACAUAUAUUAUCUAUCGGCCCGGAGUGCUCCCCUGUACAUUAGGCACACGAAACCUUAGUAAUAUUUCCAUACAAAAGGUGAGUAGGGUAUCCUUGCACAAAUGGGGAUAUCAGACAAACAUUCUCACACAUGGCAUCAAGGACAUGCUCAUGCCAUUUUGAAUCAGUUCAAUAGUGUGAUGAAGAAAAGGUUUUGAUAUAUGGUUUUCAAUGCAUGUAACUGAAGUUUUGAAUGAAACAUUUUACUAUAUCUGCAUAUUUUUCAAUGAAAUUCAGGAACUUGAAAGUGUAAGCGUUUCUUAGUUGCCACUCGAUCCUUUAAAUACAUUUUUUUCGCAGGUAAAGCUAGCUGUUUGAAGUUUGCAAACUGCACCAGUGCAGUAUUUACUCCAGUGUCCAGUGGAGUUUUCCCCCACUACAAUGCGUAGUAUGACAACCACUUUUACAUUAAAAUCAAGUAUAUAUCAUACUGAAAAUGUUAUUAUCUGAACACAUACUCUAAACACAUUUUAACAAUAAUCUUGCUCCGGCAAAGAAUGUGAUUUUUCAGUUAUAAAGUGUGUUAUCAGUGCUAACAGACGGACAGUUGAUCAGGGUGAUAUGCAUACCUUAUGCUGAGGAACUUGACAAUCAGGAAUUAAGUGAUUUAGAACCAGGUCUUUUCCAAAAUUUGACUUCAUAUACAGAGUUGGCUUCCUGGGAAGUACCCAGAUGAGAUUAGAACCUCGUCUGUCAAGCCUGUGAACUGGGCGGGCUUUGGAUCACUAAGCACAGGCUUAUAUUAAGUAGAAUAUGGCUCAAUGUAUAUAUAGACGACGACUGCUGCUAUAUGUAUAUUUACUGCUGUUUGGUCACCAUUUAAUGACUUUUAUAAACAUUAUCAACUGCAACUCAAGAUCGCAAACUAUUGUUAAGGAAAUCCUGUUUCAACAAAAAUAUUGAAAUAUGAAAAUUGUUUUAUACCUACGUAGCUGAUAUUCUAAUGUCUAUAGCUGCCAUCUCAGGUAAAGGGAAUCUAUGCUAAGACAAUUGUAAAUAUAUCACAAAUAGAAAGAAAAAGAAUACAUUCACAAAUACAAUCAAUGUAUGAAAUAACGUAUACUGAAGAUUUUAACCGAAAUCGAUAAAAUUUCUACAAAAAGGGGCCAAGAGAAAAAGAAAUACAAAUUUGGUUGGACGGACAUUUUUUCAAGAUCUGCAGCCAGUAAUUUAUUCAGCUAUCAACUGUUCAAAAUAAUAUUAAAAAGCCCUAAGAAGGUAGGUACAGAAACUUAUAAAAAAUUCUCUUAUCCUUAUUUUUUUUCUCAGACGUGUAUUCUUUUGAUGGCACCUUUAUAUCAUAAUAGAAAGUUUAUUCUUUCUUUAUAUUUUUUAAUCUAUAAAAUUGAAAGUAAAAAUUUGAAAACUAAUUCUGUAUUCAGUGGGAUUUUUGAUGAUAGACAAGUAAGUUUGAGCUUUAUUAUCAACAUUAGUCUGCAACAUUAUUUGAGAGACAUUUUCUAAUGCAUUAACCUAUGUUAAUACAUGUAUGUUGUCUUACAUACUGUAUUCAUCACUCCCAAAUUAUUUUUUCAGGUUAAGCAUAAAAUUCAAAGGCAAGUAUUAUUGUUUAUAAACAAGGUUAUCUUGGAAGAUCUAUGGAUAGAGAUGAUAGGUGAUAGCAAAAAUGUUUUAUAAAAACAGAAGACAAAGGACCUUUAUAGGUGAAAAUAAAAUGGAAGCACCAGAGGUCACUCGGAACUAUUUUGGUGAUGCUAAAAUGUGUUAGGGUGACUGUCCUCCUCAUUGAUCAUUAAACAAGAAAGGUCUACACUAACUACUUGGGAAAGGAUUGACACAGGAAAAUGCUCUCAGGUUUACAAUAACAAGUCUGUCUGAGGUGGAGAUGGAUUUAUUUUAUUGUGGAUUGAUGAGAAACUCUGGAAACCAAUAUCAUAUUAAGUCAAAAUGUAUCCCCAGUACAGGGGAAGGAAGUUCAGCAUUAUUGUCAGUACUAAAUCAUUAGAAGCCAGAUAAAAAAAAA